AUGUAAUGACAGUAUAUUUGUUUUUAUACAGAAAAUAAGAUGCAAUCAUAUGAAUAUAAGAAUAUUUCCGAGCUAACAGCAGGUGACACAAAAGUAAACGUAUAUGGUGUAGUAAAAUAUUAUCGACCUGCUGUGCAAACAAAGAUUGGUCAAUACAAUGCCUUAUAUACCAUUAUUGAUCCAUCUGUAGAAGAUGACGUCGAGAAAGGCAUACGCUGCAGUUUGUUUGCGUUCGAAAAGGAAAAGUUACCACAAGUAAAAAAUAUUGGAGAUAUUAUACGCUUGCAUAGAAUGUCAGUUACCCAAUUUAAUGAUCGUUUGCAAAUGAAAGGAACUAAAGGUUCUUCAUGGUUGGUAUACAGCUAUGAUUAUCCUACAUCAAACACAUCAUCUUCACAUCCAAACCCAACAAUAUCUAAGGCCGACAAGGAUAAGGUUUCUCAACUCCAAUCAUUUUUUCAUAGAGUGAAACAUAAAAUCACUGAAAGCGCAGCGACACAUCAAAUCACACCCCUUUCUGAUAUAAAGUUAGAUUCUUAUUUCAAUUGUAUCGUUCAAGUGAUUGCUACAUAUUUCUUUGAAGAAGAUAAAAACCAUGUGGUCCUAAAAGUUUCAGAUGGUACAAGUGUCUAUUACAGUUCUUUGCGACAAAAUGGAGUUUUGUCCUCUACAAAUCAGACUGAGCUAAUGUUAGCAACGAAGAAGCACUGUUUUGAUGUGUCCUUGUUUGAUGACCAUGUAAGCGAUGUUGCAGGCGUGCAAGUGGGUGAUUUUCUGAAGAUUUCUAACAUACACGCCAAAAAGGUGUCAUUUGAUGUUGCACAGAUGUGUGUGGAUAAGCUUGGAUUAAAAGAGGUCGAUGGAUGCAACGAGUGGGUCGAGUUGGUCGUUCACACUGGAAAGCAUUAUGGACGCGGUGUAAAAACAUUGACCAAUUUCGAUGACGAAAAAAUAGUUGAUAUUAAGGAAAGAAUAUCUGAACUUCUGUUAAAACAUCGAAAAAACAUUUCGCAACGGACCAGCUGCGUUCCUGCAGUAUCGCCAAUUCAACCAAAAGCAUUACAAGAGUCUUACACAACCAUCGACUUCCCUUUACAAACAUGCUCCAGAACUAGGAAUGUUAGAGAAGCAAACGGCUUGCCUAGCAAGUAUAGACUUAAAGCUAAAGUUAUAGCGCUUUUUCCCACAAACUUGAAACAGUUUAUUGUGGGUAGGUGUGACCAGUGUAGUGCUUUUAUUAAGCAUUUCGAAAUCAUAAACGACAUGAGGAAAGAGGGUGUUUUACCGCAGUGUCCGUUUUGCAAAGACAAUGUUUUAAGGUUGACUUAUUUGUUUAAAAUGUUAGUUCAAGACGAUACUGGUUUUCUAGAGAUCUAUGUGUACGAUGAAGAUGCUUUGUAUUUUUUUAACAACAUUAGACCGUCCCAGCUUCUACACGAUGAAGAUAUGCUGUUAAAUUUUGAAGAAAAACUCAAGAAAAUUAAAAGUGAUGAAAAUCUUAUUAUUGGUGACCAAGGUGAUUGUGGUGUAGGGGAAAAACCGCUAUUAGUGGAUUUAUGUGUUUAUUCUUUUACUAGCAGGGCUGGGCCAAUACAUAGACUGUUUUCCACAGCUUUGAUUUGAAUUGGACUUCCUUUUUUUAAAGAAAUAGGAAAUAGAAAGUAGUGUUUCAGAGCUUAAAAGUUGUUUAAAGUGACAUCAAAGUAAAAGAUAUUAUUGCGUCUCCCGUCGAUCAGUAAAAAAUGGAAGCAAGUGGGUGGAUUAUGAUUCUGUGCUUUAAAACAUUGGUAUCAAUACCUUCUUUGUUCGCAAUUUUUUGUACCCUCAAAGGUUAAUUAAAAUGGGUGUUGAUUUUUUUAAGUUUAUCGCCCCUAACAAGUUGGUUUUAAAAUACCUUCAAAUAGCGUGUGAAGCAUUUUGGAUCGAUUCAAAGAUUUGGUUAACGUUUUCUACACGGAAUCUUAAGCAAUAAGCAGCAACCUAUUAUAAAUUCUCUUUUUUUUACAUCUAACAAAAAAAUCACAGAGUAAAAAAAUUCGAAAUAAUGAAUUUUCGAAAAUACCCUACUACUUUUGCUAUUGAACCUUGUCCAAAACUUUCGCAGGAAACUAACUUUCGCGACUUUGACCCAAAAUUUUCUUUCUUUAACGUAAUUGUAAAGAGAAAAUUGUGUGGUCACCCAUGUUAAAGUAAUUUCUCCUGGAGUAGAAAUAGUAUUAGAAGACUCCUGAAAACCUAGAAUUUCUUUUUUAAAUAGAUUGGCAACCUUGUAAUUUACUAGUAUUUUUUCGUAGGAAAACAGUGUUACGAGAUUUUAAAUUUUCAAACUUUUUAAAGUGUAA